GGGCUGCGUGGAAAGAAGGGCAGAAAACACAGAGUGAGAGUUUUUACCCUCCUUCUUAGAUGGAGGUUGUCGCCGCAGCGGAGCAGCCGAACUGACGCGGAAGAGUCCAGAAAUGGCCAAAACGCAGGAGGUGGAGCGCAUCGCCAAAAAGCUGGAUAAAAUGGUGCACAAGAAAAACACGGACGGCGCCCUUGACUUGCUGAGGGAACUGAAGAACAUGAAGAUGUCUUUGGAGACACUGCAGUCAACCAGAGUUGGGAUGUCAGUGAAUGCAGUGAGGAAACAGAGUUCAGAUGAGGAAGUUCAGACUCUGGCCAAAACUCUCAUCAAGUCCUGGAAAAAACUCCUGGAUGGCGCAGAAGGGAAGUCUGACGAGAAGAAGAAGGAGGAAAGCUCUCCUGUAAGGCCAUCUUCUACCUCCAAGGACUCUGGCGCCGCUGAGAAAAGCAGUGAGAAGUCUGUGGAGAUCCCAACCACUCCCACCACGCCUACCGCACCACAUCGAUUCACCACUUUCCCCCCCGCCCCCGUGACUACCGACAACGUGCGGACCAAGAGUCGGGAGCUGCUGGUGGCUGCUUUGCAGACUGGUGAUGACUUUAGAGCCAUUGGAGUUGACUGUGAGCACCUUGCAGCACAAAUUGAGGAUCGGAUAUUUCAGGAGUUCAAGUCGACGGAUAUGAAGUAUAAAGCGCGUCUGCGAAGCCGCAUCUCCAACCUGAAGGACCAAAAGAACCCGGAGCUGAGGCGCAACGUCCUGUGUGGGAACAUCUCGCCUGAACGCAUUGCCUCCAUGAGUGCCGAGGAGAUGGCGAGUGCAGAGCUGAAGCAGAUCAGAGAGGCUCUGACUAAAGAGUCCAUCAGGGAACAUCAGCUGUCGAAGGUCGGAGGAACUGAGACGGACAUGUUCAUCUGCAGCAAGUGUCACAGCAAGAACUGCACCUACACACAGGUGCAGAUCCGCAGCGCCGACGAGCCCAUGACCACCUUCGUUCUGUGCAACGGCUGCGGCAACCGAUGGAAGUUCUGCUGAAGGUGUGUGUGUGUGUGUGUGUGUGUGUGUGUGUGUGUGUGUCAUGCAGUACAGAAACAGUGAGUAAAUAAUGGAUCUUGAAUUUGGAAAACCAUAUUUUUAUUUUGUAGUUUAUAUAAAUGAGAUAUAUAAACAGUUGUGAUGUACUUGGAGGAAAAUGUAGAAAAGUUUCAGUUAUUUGAUUUGAUUAGUUUUGUACGGAGCACUGAGAUGUCGAUUUAAGAUGUAGCGAGCGUUAAGCUGCAUUUCUAUUGCAUUUGGGCAAGUGAUGGAUGUGCCUUUGUUUGCCGCCACAUAUUUUUCUUCUUCCAUUUAUAUUAAAGUUGCUCUGGAUUGAUAUCAAA